CAAGCACUCACUUAGAGACUUGAAAGUAGAUGAAACGCAUGGCCGCCAUACCACAAUGACAUCCUCAACGAAAAGCUUCGGUGAUUGCCUGAAAAUCUUGGAGUCGGCUGUUGCUGGAGCAGAGAAUGGUUCAAUCACCAAUGCACGAAAAUUGGAAGCCUUGGCUCAGAUGGAAGAGUUGCUCCCUUCCGCCUCCAAAGCUGAAGUUUCCGAAUAUCGUGCACGAUUUGAGGACUUGUGUGAGAAGCUUCUGACGCAAAAUGCCACUGAGACUUUACGGCUUCUGGUGGUGUCCGUGUUAAACAUUAUUUUUAAGUUGAGCGACUCAUCUGUGUUGCCCAACUUUGUGAGCCGACUCCUGCAGCUGGGGGAUAGUUCGAAGAAGGUGACUGACACCAAGGUGGCAGCACUGGAUGUGCUGGGGCAACUUGUUGUUCAUCAUGGUGCUCCUCUGGAGCCUUUCUGCAAUGACCUUUUCGCCCUGGUCGCCAAGCACAUCAAAAUGAGCGAGGCGAGUGCGGCUAGUACCAGAAGCUCUGCAUUGCAAAACCUGUGCAGGAUCAUGAAGUCUGUAGGAGUUCGGCAGCUAAGCACAGCUGGAAACAUUUGGAAGAUGCUUCAAAAGGUGACAGUCGACAAGGUGCUGGUUGUUCGCACGGUUGCGGCCAAUGCUUUGUCACUUCUGGCCACUUCAUGCCCCAUGUGUGCCGGCGCCAAUGGCGAAGCCAUGGCUCUGACCUGUUUGAAGGUGUUGGCCACUGAAGAUCCCAUGGGUCAACUCACCUCGACCUGUUCGGAGAAUCGCUUCGCUUUCACCACCGCCUUGGCGCGCGUGCUGGCGGCGAUGGCCUCGCCGGCCGCGGCCGCGGCACCCGAUCGGCCGAAGAAGAAACCCGUGGUCACCGACUUUGCCUCUGCGGUGGACUUUCUAGAGCAGGCCAUUGUCAAGGGCCCCAACAGCGGCCCAGCCUUCGCGCCCUUCAGGUCCUCUGUUUGUCUUUCUGCCGUGUUGUUGGCGGAGGCACAGGGAGUGAGUGAUGCAGUCACCCUAUCUUUAGUGGUACGUGCGUUGCUGAAUUCAUUGGAUGUGCCUAGCAGUGCCAAGGGUCGAGCGCCUCUGGUUGACGAGGAGCAGCUCCUGCAAGUCACUCGGCAGAUCAGCUUGGCUUUGCAAAGGCUCUUACGCUUGGCCCAGACAGAGGGAUGUUUGAACGACUUCGUAGAACAAGGACUUCUUCCCAUGGCAUCGGCACAAUUUCAUGAGACGUCCCGCAGUACGGACAUGCGCAUGCUGGUGGUGUUGGAGACCUUGUGCAGUGCAUGCGUGGCUUCUGGAGAAGCUUUUCGGAGAAUUGAGACAAAGGUGACGAAGCCCUUGCUUCACAUCGUGGGGAACUAUCCCAAUGCAACCAUCCAGUUGCAUGCUGCCUAUUGCCUCAGAUGUGUAGGUCAUGGCUCGCCGCCGCAGCUCUUCCAAUUGCUGAGUGUGUUGCUGAACCUGUCCACUGUCCAGAAUGCCGAAGUCUUAGGCACGCCCUUGCGCCGAAAAGAUGCCAAUGGACAGAUGGUGGCAGGUGAUACGGCCGUGGCGGCGGCGGCUGCACAUGCAGAUUUACAGCCACUGGUGCGGGGGCUCUUUGGCUACUGCGCUGCGUUGGCGGCCAUGAGCAGCGAGUUGUACAGCAGCGAGCUGGGAGUACCCCAUGAUGUGCUGUCUGCGGUGCUGGGCACUUCAGGUGCUCUUUUGCAAGCACAUCCAUCCCCGGCUAUCAGCGCACAGAGACGUUGUUGUGCUUUCCUAUUGCUGGAGGGCUUGAUGUGCUUGGGCUCUGAUUGGGUUGGGCAGCGUCUGACGACGUUGUUUGCAUUGUGGAAGACGGCUUUGGGGAAAAAGCCGGUGGACCGUGCCAAGGUAAUCUACCAGGAGCAUGUUGCAUCGACUUCCUCCAAGAGUAGUGCCUCAAAUGCUGACAUGAGUGCAAACGUGUGUCGAGAUGAGCUUCUCUCCUUACUCUUUGCCCUGCGUUCGUUGUACGCCUUCACGUGGCAUUCCAAAGACACUCUCCUCACUACCUUGCCUCAUCUUCACAAAAUUCUGGUGGUCUUUCUGACCAACAUCUCGCAGCUCGUCGUGGCCUUGCCGCACCCCACCUCCAACAGCUUCCGAGCCAAGUAUCGCCAGGAUGCCUUUCAGCCGGGUGCUGUUCGACCAAUCAUCAACAUGUCCGGGCAAUGUGGCAUUCCUGAAAUUCUUUUGAUGAUUCGUGCCACUAUGUACCGAACCUUUGCUGCGAUGCAACCUUCACUCUAUUCCUCUCGUUUUGUACCACUUCUGAACAUGCUUGCCGAUGAUAUCACCAGGCCCUUGCCAAAUGAGUUCCCCAUCACGGAGCUGAUCUCGGAGUUGGUGGGCAACCAGACGGAUGUGGUCUUGGAUCUGGUCGAUGGACACAUGGAGACUAGCCCCAACUGUGCCUCCUCGACCCGCUUGGCUGUGAAGAAGUUGCUGUCAGCUCAGGAGAAAGGCAAAGAUGGAGCUCCUUUCGAGGAGGACUUGGGUGCUGAUGCUGGGGCUGCCUGCAUUUUCAGUUUCCUUCAUCGGGAGAGUCCUGGCGGGACCGACUGCAUGUUGAUGCCUUGGGAUGCCUGGUGUGACUCCACUCAGCCUUUGGCCGGGCAGUGUAUGUCGGCCGAAUGGGACUGGAGGUGCAGCUCCGUAAAGCUUUUGUCCAUCAUCCUCAAUGCUCCUGAGGUGGGCGAGGCUCCCCGCACCGUGGUGCUGCAGCACUUGUUGAAGAGGAAAGAGGCUGAUGAGAGUGUGGGAAGUGGUGUAGAAGUACAUGCUAUGGCCUCAGUGGCCAUUUUGUCUUACCUCCGGGAACACCAUAGGAUGCGGGGCUUGCGCGCCGCCCCACCCGCACAGGCUGCAGAGCAGGCCAUGCACUUGGCCCUGGCAGGGCUUAAGGAAAGCAAUCCAGCUUUCCGGCGGCUCUAUUGUGAGAUUUUGGCGGCUCUCUUCUUCGGGCACCACCAGCUCCCCAGCUCACCUGUAGUCCCCAAGAUCCUCCAGGUGAUCACGACUGAACACACUGAACCCAAAGCAGAGGCGAAGGAGAGCUGGUUGAGGGAACGCUCGGCCUUGGCGCUGCUGUGUGGUAGCAUUCUCCGUGCCUUUUCGUGGGGAUGGAAGAUUCAAGGAGGUGACUCUUCUGGUUUUCAUUGCCCUUACAUCAUGAACAUCGUGCCGAGCCUCCUCAAGUUGGCAAAGGAAACAGCCCAGCCGGUCCGCUUGUGGAUGCUCUAUGCCCUGCACAUCAGCAUGGAGGCUGCGGGCCAUGCUUUCUCACCCUUCAUGAAGGAGACCUUGCGGCUGGCUACAGCUCAUCUUCUAGCAGACUUCUUUGAGGCACCUUUGAUCUUUUGGGUGGUGUCAGAGCUGACUCGUUCAGCUGCCGUUGUGCUUUCGACCAGUGAGGAGUCUGAUGGACGAGAAGAUCAUUUGUUGUCGGGCAUAUGGAAGGUGUUGCAGCACAUUGAUCAUGGGCAACCAACUGGAAAUACCUUCGCUAUGGUUCGUGCGGAGGUGGUUUGCUUGCGCACAGUGCCAUUCCUUGGGAGGCUGCUUCCCGCCGAGGCGCUGCUCACAUUGCCAGCCAAAAAGCUGUGCGGCCCGGAAGGGGGUGAGGCUCAAGUUUGCGCUGUUCGCACCUAUGCUGCACAAUGUCUUUGGCAACUUGCAACUGCGGGCUCUGAUGUGACAAGGCUAUUCGCUGACAGGACCAAACUCUUUCAGCUACUUGAUGCUUCAAAGGGAGCAGAGGCUGAAGCUUUGCAGGAGCUGAUCUUGGCCUUGCUUCACGCGAAUGGCCUCAGUCAGCUGCCCAGUUGGCUGCAAGCUCUGCGACAAGUGGUGCUGGCAUUGCCUUCCAAAGGUGGCCCCGAGGAGAAGUCCUCCACGCGGAAGGGCAGUGAAGACCGCAUGGCCGAUGAAGUGGAUGACGAAGCAUCAUUUGCAGAGCAGAAGCAGGAGCAGAGCAAGCAGAAGCUCUCAAGUUGUACCACCACGAAGGUCUUUGCUGUGUCCUGUGUCCAGCUGUUGCUGGAGCAAGUGCCACAGAGGGACCCAGUUCACUUCCAACCGGACAGUGGGAGCGACCUGCCCGCAGACAGGAAGUUCAUUAACCACCUGGAUCUUCUGGUGGGCAUCGCCGUGAACGCGGCCAGCUCGGACGCCGCGUCCUUGGCCGCGGCGGGGCUGCGGCUCAUGCUGCUGGUCGUGGGGAGGUUCCAGCAUACCAAGGAUGUACAAGCGCAAGUCGAAGGUGUCGACUGCCCGCUCUUAUUGGUGCAAUCGGAAGCGCAGAUGACCACUUGCAUCCGUCAUAACCUUCGUGCUUCGGCGAACCCUUUGGUGGUGCGUCUGGCCGUCGAGCUUUUGCGGGAUGUCAUCCAUGUGCGGGCCUGCACCUCGACUCAGCGGUUGAUCUCCUUGCUGAUGCAGCCCUUCUCCAGUCAGAGCUUUGAACCGGAUCCGCUCUUCUCAGAGGCAGCCUCCACAGGUUCCUUCCUGUUUCGACUUCGUUGCGCAUGUGCAGUGCUGGACUCCGGGCAGUCGCAAGAGCAGGCUGCAGUAGCUGCCUACUCCAAGCAUUUGAGCAGGUGGAUUGAGUACGCGCUGCGUGACGCCGCAGUGCUGCUGGCGGGCUUGCCACUGCAAAGUGUGAAGAGCUAUCAGCCUGCUUGCUUCAAUUUUGCUGACUACAAGACUGUGCAGCCCUACUUUCGAGAUGCUGUUCCAUCCUUGCUACGGGGGGUUUGUGCCAUGUGCACCGACAUGUCACUCCCCGCCAAGAGGUCGUCACCCACCGCCUUCGGGCCCAAAUCAUGGGUGCUCAGCCAAGAACUGGCCUCCCUGUCCUUGGGUGUUGUCGUGACCCUGUUGCCCGAUGCCACCAUUGAGGAUUUGCAGGUCUUCGUCGACACUGUGCGCCAGGUUAUCCUCGCUUCGCAGACUGAGGAGCACGCGGCGGUCAGCCUCAGCACCUUCAUGGACUUACUUGGUUGUUUGUGGAAAGAUAUAUUUUGCCGAGCUGCGCGCUGCGAGGCUUUGCUGAUGAGUUUGAUGGAGCUCAUGCAUGGAGUGUCUGAGGUGCUUUUCCGAAAGACUGCCGUGCACAAGUCUGGCGCUGUGGACACUCCUUGGCUAGAGGGAUUAUGCAGUGAUGAUCCGGAAGGCCAGUCGAGCCGUUCAAUGCUUGGUGGAUAUGCGCUGCACGUGGUCGCAGCCACUAUGCGCAAAUCGGAUGUCUCCGAAAAGCAUUUGGCCAUGACACUGGAGGUCUUCCAGUGGUGGCUCCAGGAGGCGUUGCCCAACAGUCCGGACACCACAGAAGAUUUGGAGGAUGAUCUCAUGGCACAAGCUUUGGCAGAGGAGACGGAGGAAGAUCUGGUGGUUGGAGAGACUUGUCCAUGGCUUUGGCUUCUUCUUUCGCCAUUCCCAGAGUCCUUAGUCCAAAGCCAUCCAUCCUUGACCUUGAAACAUUGGAAGCAGGUCUGCUGCAUGCUCUCCACCACACCCAGCGGAGGUGGCUCCUCACAGGCCAGUAGGCAACUCCUCUACCUGGCCCUCAUUUCCAAUAAGCUGUGUGCUUCUGUCAUCGAUAAAAUGGACUCAGCUCACUUGCCAGAGGCCGAGCGUGUGUUGGUCUAUGCGUUUGCCAUGCUGGUGCCUGCCAUCUCUGCCAUGGCGAUGUUGUCAAAAGCAUCUAGAGAGGAGCAGGCAGGGGAGGAAGUUCAGUCCUUGGACUCUGAACAGUCCUUGGUGCAGAAAUGCCUGGAGCGGAUGCAGGGACUGUUCGAGCUGGCGUGGCAACAUCCCAAUCCGAAAGUGGCGCAGGUGGCGAUCUCAUCUGCUCAAAGCCUUCUCCAACAGCCUGCCUGUUCUGACCUUUGCAGUGUCAUCGUGCCGGGCUUGGUGGCGGCGAUUGCUAUGGAGCCUCCGAAGAUGCAGCCUCUGGCCAUGGAGCAGGCAUGGGGCAUCUUCCCCACUCUGCUACAAGUACAGGAGGCGAAAAUAGUCACCCUGCAGCUGGUCUUACAGUUGGUAUGUGCCUUGGCAUCUGCCAAGCUUGAGUCUGUCCAAAAGACAUCAAUGGCACGUUGCCUGAUGCAGGUUGCCCAGAUAGACCAAGGCGGCCUGAAGAAUGAGGUCCAGCGACUGCCAGCAGAGAGCCAACGAACGGUGCAGGAGCUGCUUCGGGCACAUGUUACGGCAGGCCGCACCGAGGCCACAGGAAGUAUCCCCAGAGGAACCCCUCUGGCACAGAAGAAGAUUGAGUUGAAACUCAAAUUCUGAGCUGUCUUGCAAUUGUUUUCCGAGGAUUUGUAAAUAGCUGCUUAAAUAGCUUUGGUGAGACAGAUGAACUCUGACAAAAGUUGCAAGAAAGUCGCGCAAAAGCCUGGAUCAAAA